AUGGAAAUCGAGGAUCCAAUAGACCUCGCACAGACCGCGAUUCUUCGAGUCGCAGAUAUCGCCUCGUCGCAAGGUGUGGAGUACGAGCGACCACUCUUACGUGACGUGGAAAGCAUCUGCAAUAUGGAUGUUCUCGGUGGAGGCGACCGGGAGAAUCCCAUCCUCGAGGCGGGUGACAUUGCCGAUGUCACGCCUUUUCUGCGUCAAUCGGCUAUGGAAAUCCAUGACAAGUUCGAGGAUAUGGAGUGGAUGCAGCGGACGCGUCUGGCGGAGGACAUACGAUCAAACGACCCUUUGCACCCGUAUGCCCCAGAUGCCGACCCGAAAGUAAAGGAAAGGAACCGCUAUCUCAAUGUGCAGGCCUGGGCGAGUAACCGCAUUCAUCUCCGUGUAUCCGACGGCGAAUGCGACCUUCUCAAUGGAUUACUCUCAAGGAUUCUCCGCCCGGAAAAGUGCGCUCAAUACUUUCCGUUAGAUAUGGAACAAGCAACGAUAGACCUUUCAGAGAAGUCCGACGUUUUCGCGAGCGAAGAGAAACAAGUGAAAACUGCGGAAGCGACCGUGGUUGGCAAGAUCACACUAUCAGAAUCAGCGUUCAAUGAAAAUACGCGCUCGGAAAUCCGCAGAUUAGAACUCAGGAUCGCCCGGAUAACCCCCGCGUGGUGCAUUGUGGUGCAGGCGUUGGCCGCACGGGGACUUGACAGUCUGUUGCGAGAGCUUGAGUCAGGCCAAUUGUUAACGGUGAUGAAUCCCAGCAGCGACCCAGUAUUUGAGACCAUCAAUAAAUUGCGCCAGCAGCGUAUGAUGAUUGUUCACAAUGAGAUACAGAUGCAGUUUGUUUACGAGACGCUCCACGAACAGACUUGUCGCAAACUGGGCAAGAUUCCGGACCAUAGCCAUAGCUAUAACUGCGUCGAAAGAUCAGCCAAGAAGUCCAGGCCAAUCGACGAGGCAGAUCAUGAGCCAGUGUCCAAACCGGAGCUCGAAGCGGUGUCGGACUCUUUGACAGGGUAG